UGUGGGCUGCCUUGCUCUGUGCACUACCCCGACAACCCGUGCGGUGAUGGCGUGGAAACCCCGUUGACAAGGCACUGCUUUUUCAUGACGCCCAUUCUGUUACAGGAAACAAAGGGCUUUAAAUGACUGACUCCAUGCUUCCUGUUGGAAAUCUGUGUCAUGGAUGAUGAGGACGAUCGCCAUCUUCUGGAUAUUUUAGGAGAUGUGGAUGCAUUGAAUGACUAUCUCCAUGGCAGCAACAGCAAGUCUAUUGAGGAGGAUGAUGUGACAAAUGCAGCUUAUGGGUCAGAUGGGUCCUUCUUUGCUAGUGACACAGCCGGCUCCAACACUGGCCUCAAGGAUGGCUCCUCUUCAAUGGGUGGAUUCGGCGAUGAUUCAGCCGGGGCAGGCCUCCAGCUCUCCAGCAGCCUUUCAUUCAUUGAGGAUGAAUUGGGGUCUGGAAACUCCCCCGGAGGGGUGGAUCUCGGGGGAGAGGACCAGCCCUUUGACAUCCUACAGAAGUCUCUCCUGGAGGCUGACAUCACGGAGCAGACGCUGGCCCAGGAGGCCCUACUGGACUCUCAGCCUGCUCCCACUCUAGUGCAGGCUCCUGUUCCCUUCCCCUCGCAGCUGGUCUCUGGGGGUUAUGGAGGGGGAGUGGGUGUGGUUACCACGACGACAACUGCGUUCCCCACAGGCCAGUUCCUGCAAGGAGUGUCCCAGCUGCCCAAUGGCUCUGCCCAGCACAUCCAGGUGUUGGGCUCCUUUGGGGCAGGUGGGGGGGUGAUGACUCUGAGCAGCUUGGAGAGAACUCCUCAGAUUGUGUUGAGGCCGGGGGCGCCUGUAGCUGCAGCAGGGGCCACAACAGGGGGGCAGGUGUUUGCCCCUACUCAAGGGCAGGUAGGCCAAGUCGGCUUACCUUUCAAAAACAUCCCCCUUCAAAACAUCAUCAUCCAGAGAGGCCCGGGAGGGACCCAGACUCUUGUCAGACCUAUUCAGCCUAAACCCCUUCAAGCUGGGGCUCAGACUGUCUACAGCCUUGGUCUUCAGCCCACUCCCACCACCAUGACUAAUGUAGCUAAUGCUAACAGUGCUGCUCCAGGGGGGCAAUACACAGCCAAUGGCUCCAUUGUAGUGCAGCCACCCCUUGAGCAGCAACCAGCGCAGGCCCAGACAAACAUGGCACCUGGACAGUUCUUGCUCCCCAGCUCUUUAGCGCUCACUCCAGGCAGCACCAUCCACAAUGGCCCCACUGAACCCAACUCAAAUGCCCUAAUUACCAGUCAGAGCGCAGUGCAAAUUGUUGCGGGGCAGAACUUCACUGCAUCACCUAGGGGUCAGCUAAUUUUGAAUCAGGGAGUAGUCAGUGGGAGUCAGGUCGGAGGGGGUGUAACUCAAACAUGGACAGGAGUUUCUUGUGCGAGCUCCGCCCCUGCGCAGACGUCGUGUGCUCCUGGGCGGCUGACUCUGGUCGGCCCAGCCACGGCGGGGACCAGUGCUGAAGGCCAAGCGUCAGCUAGCCCUGUGCAGCGCCUUCUAGUGACUCACACUCAGAACUGCACUCCUCUAUCCCCUUUACAUGGUACAGUGAAACAAGAACAAGACUACAGACAGAGUUCUUCAUCACCUACCCUCAAACAGACACAGCUCAGCAACAUCCAUGCCAUGAAAACCAUGACACAAGAUUCAACGCUAAACUCUCAGGUCGGUGCACAGAAGAGGCCUGGCCUUCUGCCACUUACAAGAGGAGGAAUGAUUUUACAACAGCUGAGGAUGGAUCACGCCGGAGUCCAGACCCCAGAUCGACGUCAGUUCACUUCAAUCAACAAUGCGCUGCAAAGACUCCUCCCUUACCACGUGUUCCAGGGGGCUCCACCCAGCCAGGAUGAGUUCUCACAGGUGGAUGAAGAAUUUGAGGUAGUUGCGACUCAGGUGCUGAAGAGGACCCAGGCCAUGGUAAACAAAUACAGACGGCUACUAAUGGUGGAAGCUGAGCGUUCGAGUCCGUCAUCAGAAAUGGUCAUGAUCGACAGGACCUUUAACCAAGAGGAACGCAGCAACCUGACACAAGACAAACGCAUGGUACUAGUGGAUCCAGAAAGCUUCUUGGAAGACUUCUGUUGUGGGAUGAAAUCCAAACUUUUCCAAGACCCUUUCCCAUCUCAGUCCAGCUGUAAUUGGAAUCAGUCGGACAGAGGCUCCACGGAGCCGCCGUACAGGACAGACUCCCAGCCCGGGUAUGGAGAUCCGGGAGGGGGUGGGGCUGUAGGACCAGGCGCAGCAGAUAGACUCCACCCUCCACACUUAGAAAACAAGAGCAUCCUGGAGCUGAAGCGAUCCCAGCAGCGCUUCGGUCCCAGCAGCGCCAGCAUCAACAGCCUCACCGCUGCCAACAGUUAUCCCCAAGGUAACCCCUCGCCUUUUGCAGCAAUGUCGGGAGGACAGACGCACUACCAGGGGUCUCACCACCCGUCCUCCCACCCGAUUCAGCCCCAGUACCCCCCUCAGCUCACCUCAUCCCCUCACCCUGAUACAGACUCUGCUCUAGAGGCGGCAGUCAACAGCAUCUUGGAAUGUUAAGACCGAUGCUUCAUAUCAUCCCCAGUGUAUGGUUUUGACUUUUCUGUGUGUGUGUGUGCGUUUUUAUUUUAUUUUUAUUUUUUAAUUUUUUGGCAAACUCUCCUGUUGUAAUGAAACCCUGUGUGAAGAGAGGUUAACUCGUCUUUCAGGUCUAUGAUCUUUAUGAUACCAUCUCUGGCUAUAUAGCAUGUAUUUAAUUUGUUUUUGUAUUUUUUAUUUAAUUUUAUUUAAUUUUAUUUUUUGAGGCAGGACUGAACACAGGCACUUAUAAUUACCUAUAAAGAUCCGGGAAUGUGUGCAAUGCAGUGGACUAACAGAUGGAAAAUGAUCUUGUUUUGUUUAUUUUCAUGUUAUUUUACAGGGGUAGGGACUUCAGUAGCCUGAUCAUAAGAGUGUUCCUCUCUUCACACACACACAAACACACACACAAAAACACACACACACCCCAUUAAUAUUUUGUGCCAGCUGAUAUACCCCCAAUGCCUAUGCUGAAAAACUGGGAUGGGGUGGGGAGGGACAAAAUGAUGACUGUGCCUAAUUGUAGGUUAUUAUUUUGAAGUGUUUACAUGAAGAAGCUCUAUUCAAAACUACCCAUUCACUGGCUUCCUUCCUGCAUUACAAAACAUACAUAGUGAACACACACGUUUUAGAACAACGUGUCCAGUAGAUUCAUGGUUCAGAGGUGGAGAUCUCCUUUAAGGUAAGCUCAGUAGAGAGACAUUCACAUAGACAAAUUGCACUAAACGCACUGUUGCUUUCUUCAGGAACUAUAUGAAUAUGCGGCUCUCGUCGAUGUACAGUGUGUGCUAGGCUAAACAGAAUGUGACCAUUUGGAACAGAACCAAAAUUGAUUUGCCUGCUUUCAGCUGCCUGCAACAAGGAUAACCUCUUAUAGACACUAGAAAACCAGUCAGACUAGUCACAAUAGACGUAUAUAGUAGUGUUACUGUUCUCAGCAAUGCUUUUUUUUUUGUGCUCAAGUCACAUUUUCUUUGGCAUUUUUCUUUUGUACCUUAAAGGUAUGCAAGCCCCGACACAGACACAAGACAAAUCUCAAUCUCAACCACUUUCUAUCAUUUCACGGUGUUUGUGUCAGGGGAGCUAAGUCCUCAGAUUGAGGAAGAUAUGUUACAAUAUGUUUAUCUUUUUUAUUUAGAUUUUUAUUUCCUCGUUUGUAGAAAUUACAUUAAAAAAUUUGACUGUU